AUGCCAAUGAUAAUAGAGAUAACAAUUAUAUCAGCAGAGAAUCUACAAGAGAACAAAAAGGCGAUAAAAGGAAACACAUUCGUGACGGUUCAAUGCGACGGAAGCAACGACGAAGCGAGCAGCACGAAGCUUGAUUCGGAAGGCGGGAGUUACCCUACAUGGAAUGAGAAGUUAGUGAUGGAAGUGGCAAUGCAUGCAAGGUUCGUAACAAUAGAUGUGAGAUACAAAACAAGAGGAAAUGGUAGUUGUAGUGCUGGAGUUGCUAGAAUACCGGUUUCUGAUUUCAUUGGAGGUUAUGUACAUGAAAAUCAAUUGCAGUUUUUGAGUUAUAGGUUGUGGGAUAAUAGAGUUAGGAGAAAUGGUGUUGUAAAUAUUUCUGUCAAGUUAAAACUGUCACAACCAAAUUCUUGUUCUAAUUCCAUGUCAUCUAUGGUGAAUGGAGUUCCGGUAACUGGUGUUCCGAUGGCCGUUAAUGGCUCCAACAGAGUUGUAACGGGGAUUCCGGCUCUUUGGUUAAACUACCAAAGUAGCCUUUGA